AUGAUCAACAAGGGGGCUUCGCUGAAAGGCUUCGUGGUGGUGGUCCUUCUGGUGUCCAACAUGCUCCUAACAAAGGAAGGAGUGACCUCCUUACCCAUCUGCCCCAGUGGAUCUGUCAAUUGCCAGGUUUCCCUUGGGGAACUUUUUGACCGAGCCGUUAAACUUUCACACUACAUCCACUUCCUCUCUUCAGAAAUAUUCAAUGAAUUUGAUGAACGCUAUGCUCAGGGCCGGGGUUUUAUUACGAAAGCUGUUAAUGGCUGCCACACUUCUUCUUUAACCACUCCUGAAGAUAAGGAACAAGCUCAGCAGAUCCCUCAUGAAGACCUGCUGAAUUUAGUGCUGGGAGUGCUGCGCUCCUGGAAUGAUCCCCUGGUCCAUCUGGUUUCUGAAGUACAAAGAAUCAAAGAAGCUCCAGACACCAUCCUCUGGAAAGCUGUAGAGAUUGAAGAACAAAACAAGCGGCUUCUAGAAGGAAUGGAAAAAAUAGUUGGACGGGUUCACUCUGGUGAGAUCGGAAAUGAAGUUUAUUCUCAGUGGGAAGGCCUCCCAUCCCUGCAGCUCGCUGAUGAGGACUCCAGACUCUUUGCCUUUUAUAACCUGCUGCACUGCCUCCGCCGAGAUUCCCACAAAAUUGACAACUAUCUCAAGCUUCUGAAGUGCCGCCUAAUCCAUGACAGCAAUUGCUAA